GGCAAACCAGAAGAUAAUGUUGAUCGGUACGCAUCUCUAUGUCUCCCCAUCUGUUGUCUACUAACGACCUACGAAUAGUCAUAUUGUCACAAAUCAUCUACUGCACUUUCUCGCACUUGAUAGGUCAGAUCCGAAGAAGUUCCAAAUAUUACAACUUAUUGCGGCACUCUUGGGGUGGUCAGACGGUAGGUAGCAAACAAAGUUUUGAACCUGGAAAUGAGACUGACACCCUCUAGAGCAACGUGAGCAGG